CCUUCUAUUCUCCAUGGGGUAAACAGGUAAACGGUAAACACACCAGUCGGAGUCGCACCAACAAGGCCAACAACAACAAUCGCUGCAUGGCGGCUUCCUUUCUGCGAUGGGUGCUGUACGUCCUGGCAUCGACUUUCCAGAGACCAUUGGCUUUUCUGCGACGAGGGUGGCCUCCACCGCCCGUGGCCAUGGACGAGGUGACGAUCAACGUAAAGUUCUCCACCAACCUGGCGAUCUCAGUGACUGUCAAGCGCGACUGCACCGUGAGGGCCAUGAAGGAGCGCCUGGCUUGCCAGCUCGACGUCCCUGUCCAAGAGCUGCGCGUCAUAUUUGCUGGAAAGGAACUCCGCGAUGACGCCUACUUCAAGGACUGCAACAUCGAGGAGUACACGACCGUCCACGCCGUGCGGUCGGCGACUGGCGCCACGCCCGGUGCAGAGCCGGUCGUGAGUGCCGAGAUGUGCUGCGCCCCUUUGGGAGGAGACCUGGCCAAGGCACAGCUGACUGAAGAGGAGCGUCUUGCAAGCAUGGCAGAGGUGGACAAGACCCUGUUCUUCGUGUACUGCAAGAGCCCCUGCGGACGGGUAGAGCCCGGCAAACUCCGGGUCAGGUGCGCCACCUGCGGCCAGGGCUGCUUUCUGCUGGACAGGGAGCCCUCGUGCUGGCCGGACGUGCUGGAGCGCGGCCGCCUGGGUGGCCGCUGCGAGCAAGAGGGCUGUGGCGGUCGCCUGGCCGACUUCUUCUUCAAGUGUGCCUCCUCCAACCGGCUGGAGGGGCACGACCAGCGGGGGUCAACGGUGCUACCCCUCGUGCGCUGCAACUUCCUCGGGGUGCCCUGCCUCUCCUGCACUGACGUCAGCCGCAUCGUCCUGGUGUUCCCCUGCACGUCGUCGCACGUCAUCUGCCUGGAGUGCUUUGGCAUUUACUGCCGGAGCCGCCUGGACGAGCGUGGAUUUGUGCAGCACCCGCAGCUGGGCUCCACGCUGCCCUGCCCGGUGGGCUGUGACGACUCCUUCAUCCAAGAGACCCACCACUUCUGCCUCUUGGGACCAGAGCAAUACCAACGCUACCAGCGGUUUGCGGCCGAGGAGUUUGUGCUGCAGGCGGGAGGCGUGCUGUGCCCCCAGCCCGGCUGCGGGCAGGGCAUCUUGGUGGACCAGGGCUGCACCCGGGUCACCUGCGAGGCUGCCACCCAGGGCUGCGGGUUUGUCUUUUGCAGACUCUGCCUCCAAGGUCACCACUUGGGACCAUGCAUACGAGACGAACAUGACGAGGCGUCUGCUGCAUUGGGAAGCGUGUCGGCGUACCCGGUGGACGAGGCACAGGCGAGAGACAGCCGGUGGGACGAGGCCAGCCGGCUGACGGUCCGCUCCACCACCAAGCCCUGCCCCAUGUGCCGCACGCCCACCGAAAGGGACGGUGGCUGCAUGCACAUGAUCUGCAGCCGGUCCCAGUGUGGCUUCCAGUGGUGCUGGCUCUGCCAGACGGAGUGGUCACGCAACUGCAUGGGGGCGCACUGGUUCGGCUGAUGGACAACUUGUGCCAAUCUCUUGCCACGGCGUGCAGUGUUUGACCAAUUUCAAUUAUAUGCUGGUUUGUUGCCAAGCGUAAUGGAGGAAUAUGUGCGGCAUUAAAGAGCCAACGUACUGGGCAGAUGCUAGGGUGGUGAAGGGGACAACGAAAGAACCGGGUGUUUGGGGGAAUACUAGUCAACAAAGUAACAUUCAGCAUUGCCUAAAGAAGGCCAGCGAGGAACACAAGUUGGACUGGAGUGCCACGCUAGUGGGCUAGGACUCUUGCCAAUUGAACGCCAGUCCUUGCAAAAGCAGCAGUGCUUUGGCGAGGUGAAUAUGUUGCCGUACGCACUGGCCGACGUCUCGGGCAAGCGUUGCCGGUAGCUUGCAUCGGACAACUGAGCUCUGGGCAACUACUGGUCGCUUUCCUGUUCAGCCCCUAGUGCCUUGCUCUGACUGGGGAGUUCCCCAGAGGGCCACUUGUAAGCUAGCAUAAUUAGCAGCAACAUUUUCUGAAAACUUAUAGCUUGCCACAUGCAAGAUUUUUGUAAAAAUAGAAAACUUUAAAGUACCGGAACCAGAAUGUCGAAAGUCAGUCGGAGGCGUAUCCUUCUGGUAGGUUGCCUCUUAGUCACGCGCUUUAAUUAACGUAAGGAAUGGGCAGCCUCAUUAAGACUAUUCCUAUUGCUGCGAUAUCUACCAAUUUUAUGAAAUGAUUAUUAUUAUAACUUAAAGGGGCCCUCCAACAGUAUUUGAGCGUCGACCUUUUUUUGCGGUUUCUACACGCUAGUGGUCCCGGAAACCCAGUGGACAACGAAAGAGUUUGAAAAUAUCAGCGCAUCAUAUUUUAAUUUGACAACUCGGAAACACCUCCUCCGACGGUGGCGCCGCGAGGUGCCGAAUGCGCGCGCAUAACGGCGCUCCCUUUCACUAUACGUCACAUUCUUUUGGUUUCGUGAUUGGUGAGAGCCAUCCCAGGAAUUUUGAAGUGAAAUAAAGUAUAUCACACGUUAACCGUCAUUAUUUCUCUAACAAGUCAUUUUUACAGAGCUAAUAAAGUUGCAAAGUAAAGUUCAAAAAGGGCGAAAA